UGGGCGACCCCUACAUUUGGUGGACAGGAUCUGAUCCCGGGAUCUGUUACCUCAUUCUUUUCUCCUUGUGCAGACGGAGUAAGAAUCGCAGCCAUGGCAAAGAACUGCCACAACGACUACAAGAUGAAGUUCUCUGUUGAUGAUGAGUUCCCCGAUCUGUCCCUGCACAACAACCACAUGGCCAAGGUGCUGACCAAGGACAUCUACGCCAAGCUGAGGGGAAAGUCCACCCCCAGCGGCUUCACCGUGGAUGACGUCAUCCAGACCGGAGUCGACAACCCUGGUCACCCCUUCAUCAUGACCGUGGGCUGUGUUGCUGGUGAUGAGGAGUCCUAUGAGGUCUUCAAGGAGCUGCUGGACCCAGUCAUCUCCGACCGUCAUGGUGGAUACAAACCCACCGACAAGCACAAGACCGACCUGAACUUCGAGAACCUGAAGGGCGGUGACGACCUGGACCCCAACUAUGUGCUGUCCAGCCGUGUGCGUACCGGUCGCAGCAUCAAGGGAUUCACCCUGCCCCCCCACAACAGCCGUGGAGAGCGCAGAGGCAUUGAGAAGCUGUCCAUCGAGGCCCUGGCCAGUCUGGACGGAGAGUUCAAGGGCAAGUACUACCCCCUGGACGGCAUGACCGAUGCCGAGCAGGAGCAGCUGAUCGCUGACCACUUCCUGUUUGACAAGCCCGUGUCCCCCCUGCUGACCUGCGCUGGUAUGGCCCGUGACUGGCCCGACGCCAGAGGCAUCUGGCACAACGAGAACAAGACCUUCCUGGUCUGGGUGAACGAGGAGGAUCAUCUGCGUGUCAUCUCCAUGCAGAAGGGUGGAAACAUGAAGGAGGUCUUCAGGCGCUUCUGCGUUGGCCUGCAGAAGAUUGAGGAGAUCUUCAAGAAGCACAACCACGGCUUCAUGUGGAACGAGCAUCUGGGCUACAUCCUGACCUGCCCCUCCAACCUGGGAACCGGUCUGCGUGGUGGCGUCCACGUCAAGCUGCCCAAGCUCAGCACACACCCCAAGUUCGAGGAGAUCCUGACCAGGCUGCGUCUGCAGAAGCGUGGCACAGGUGGCGUGGACACCGCCUCCGUGGGUGGUGUGUUCGACAUCUCCAACGCUGACCGUCUGGGCUCCUCCGAGGUGGAGCAGGUCCAGCUGGUGGUUGAUGGUGUCAAGCUGAUGGUGGAGAUGGAGAAGAAGCUGGAGAAGGGCGAGUCCAUCGACGGCAUGAUCCCCGCCCAGAAGUAAAGUGGACAGACAACCACUGGCUGAAUGACUGUCUGUGUUUGUUUUUUUAUAUUGGAUAAAAAUGAACAGGUAGCCUUGUUGUAAACUUACUCUGAGCGGCUACUUCUGCUUACUUCAUUUCCAUCAGAGAAGACACUCCACUUUUCUCUCCACUCCUUUCCUUUCUUACUUUACUGUCACCUUCACUCCAUCUUUUCUUUUUCCUCUUUUUCUAUCUCCUGUCACUCCAACCAUCUUUCUCCUCAUCCUCUAUGUAACAUCCUGGGAUCAAUCCAUUCAUAGUCUGGUCAUGGCUAUGUAUGUGCACUGAAACAAACAAAAAAAAACUAAACCCGGCUGUAAAUGUAAAUGGAACUGGAAGAUUAAACUCUGCCCCAUGUGACAAACUG